CGGCCACCUGCUAAUGGAGUGCGUACAACAGUUGGAGAGGGAAAUCUUGCGAACCUUGAUCCGAACGAAAAUAUUUGCUACACAAGCGUCACGAUCAACAUCUAGGGAACAGAACCGUUUGGCAACAAAGAAGAUCUAGGAGCGGGCUAAAGUGAAGGCCAGAGCGAGUGCAAACUAUCAUAAACAGCAGCAGCAGCAGAUUCUUAUGGCAGCAGCUGAGACUCAAGCAAAUGGUGGACAGAUGGAUCAAGCUCCUGUUCAGUGAAGCCUCGACAUCAGUAGAUGUACCUACAACGGUCAUUAUGAUUCGGCAGGAUUUGCUAAGGCGAUACGAACCGCAAUACGGGUCAAUUCAGAAUUUCCCAGCUAAUACUGCUCAGCAAUAUGGGCCGGGAGUGAAAUGGGCUCGAGAGCUUUUGUUAUGGGGGUGGUGGAGAGAAACAAGCGAUUCGCCAUGCUGCACUCCUCCAAUGGUAGCGGUAGUAGGCAGAGAUGGCUUAGAAUCCAUAGGAGGUAUCCGACGACAUUCAAUUAGUAGCCCCCUAAAGUUUAGGUUUAAGUCAUUCAUAAGUGGAAAUUGUUUCCCGUAUGGCCAAUUUACUUGGAACGCAACAGAACAGCACCCAUAUGUGAUAAUAAUGACCGGGAAACGACGUCAACUGUCUCGGAAACUAUGCAUUUAUAGCAACAGCAUUGGCAGGUCAAUGGACAAUGGGCAAUAAUAGAUACCACCGGUAGAUGAGGCGUCAUAUUCAAAUCUUCAUAACUCGUUUUGCUGAGAAUCUAUUUCUGACUCCCUGGCCUCGGGAAUGACAUCUGCUUGAAUCCUACGGGAGGAGAGGAGCUGAGAUUCCGCGCAGCAAAUGUUUGGCACGGACAAGAUAACCGUUUUUUUGUU